AUGACCAACCAAGAGAACAUGCGGGGCAAUCCCAACCCCAACAUCAGCCAAACCCAAAGCAACACCCCAGCCCCAGCCCCAUUACCCUCAACCUCAAACACCCCCUCCAACCAACCCCCCGCGCCCCCCUCGCUAGCAACCCGCAUCCAAACCUCCGCAACAGGCCUAGCAAAAAGCGCAUUCCGCCCGAGCUCCGACCUCGCCAAUACCCUAGCAUCAAGCACAAGCAGCAAACCAGCCGGUCCAUCCUCCCUCCCAAAUACACAAACAAGCAGGGAUCUAUCCACAAAUACCACACCGCAUGGAGCCCCCAGUUCCGGGUCUGUGUCUGCGCCUGGAGCGCAAGCCUUCCGCGAAUACGAUACAUAUACAUCGACAGCGGGUGGAUUCGCUCUACCCGCCUUGACAGAAGAUGAGUUCCAGGGAAAUGUAUACGGAUAUGAGAGAGAUACAGAUCUGCUAGGCGCAAACACGACCACAAAUACAAUCACAACAGACACAAACGCGAAUGCAAAUACAAUCCACCCCCACGAAGACCUACAAACCCCCUCCUCAGCCUGGAAAGGCAAAGCCCGCGCCCACGACCCAACACAACACCAAUUCGAAACCGUCUGGCAGCGACAAUGGCAUGACCCACAAAACACGCAGACAACGGCUACCUCAACCACAGACGGUGCAGCCGUCGUGUCUCUUCUAUCCGAUACGAACUUCGAUCCGAACUUCGAGGAUCCGACGACUGUACCGGAUACCGAGCUUGAUUUUGCCGCUGCACCGGCUCCGCUUUCUGCAGCCGAGAUGAAAAUGCUUGAUUCUUUUCGGAGAGGGUUGGGGCUGGAUGAGGAGAGAGCGGAGGGGAAUGGACGGUUGACGGGUGCGAGUCUUAUUCCUGAUAUUGAUGUCUUCUUGAGUCAGGGGCUUGGAGCUGAGGGUGGGAUUGGGAUUGAGACUGGGGAGAGGAAUGCUACGGUUACGGCUACGGGUGCUGGCUCUACUUCUAUUUCGCUCCGCGAUGCUGCGUUGAGGAAUCUUCCCGAUGCGAGUAAUUGGGCUGGUAUUCAGGGGCUUGGAGCUGGGAGUGGGACUGAGAAUGCUAUAGGUUCUGGUCCCAUUCCUACUUCCCUCCGCGAUGCUGUUUUGAGGAAUCUUCCUGGCGGGGGUGAUUGGGUUGGUGCUCAGGAGCCUGAUCUUGAAGUCUUUUUGAGUCAGGGGGUUGGAGCUGGGAGUGGCAUUGGGGUUGGAACUGGGGAAGGAAAUGCUACGGCUACGGUUACGGGUGCUACUCCCACAUCUGCUUCUACUUCGCUCCGCGAUGCUGUUCUAACGAAUCUUCCUGGUGCGGGUGAUUGGAUCGGUGUCGAGAAGAGAUAUCAUGAUGAGGUAUGGGGGUAUUUGCAGCCUGUGCUUGAGGAGGCGAGAGCGGAGAUUGAGGAGAAGGAGGUUGGGGUGGAGGGAUUAGGGGUUGGGGAGGAUGGGCCUGCUGUGAGGAGGUUGAAGAUGAUUUUGAUGCAUAUGAAGGGGUGA